AUGGACUUGGAAGGACACCUGCGUUCAAGCAGUCUCCUGUCUGAUCUGCUGCUGUGUCCGAUCUGUGUGGAUGUGUUCACUGAUCCAGUCACCACUCCGUGUGGACACAACCUCUGUAAGAGCUGCCUUACACAUGGAGAGAAGCUGAAGGCCCUAAAAUCCUGUCUGGAUUGUGGACUGAGUUUCUGUAAAAUUCAUUUAGAGCCACAUUAUCAUGUUCCAAAACUUAAGAAACACAAACUAAUAAACCCUGUGGAGAACCUGGAGGCCAACAUAUGCCAGAAACAUGAGAGAGUUCAGGACCGACUGAAGAAGAUAAAAGAGAUCAAACACUCAGUAGAACAAAGCAAAAGAAGCACAGCGAAAGAGAAAGCAGACAGUGUUGAAGUCUUCAUUGCUCUGAUUCGCUCCAUUGAGAGAAGUCAGGCUGAGCUGCCGGAGAUGAUGGAGGAGAAGCAGAAAGCAGCAGAGAGGAAGGCUGAAGGACUCAUUAAAGAGCUGGAGCAGGAAAUCAGUGUGCUAAAGAGGAGAGACACUGAGCUGGAGCGGCUCUCACACACUGAGGAGCAUCUCCACCUCCUACAGAUUUACUCCUCCAUGUGCAGCCCUCCACACACCAAGAACUGGACUGAGAUCAGCAUUAACACUGAUGUGAGUGUGGACACUGUGAGGACAGCUCUGUCUCAGCUUCAGCAGUCUCUGAAUGUGAAACUCACUAAAUCACUCAAUGACAAGUUAAAGAAAACAGUCAUGAAUGAAUCGGAGCAAAGCCGUGUAACCACUGCAAUUGCUGAGAUUCUCAAAGAUAUUUCAUCCUCGGUGCUACAAUCAGUGGUGGAGACACUGAACUCACUUGGAGUAUCUUCAUCUGAAGAUUUCCGAUAUGUUCAGGAAGCAGAUCUCUUGCCCAUAUUACGACCCAUUCAGGCACGAAAACUUGUGUCUGCCUGGAGCCAGAUCAGUAAUAUAAAAAGGUAA